GUCACUUCCGGUUGAAAAAAUUGUCCGGGUGUUUCAGAUGAUCAGGCGUUACGGUGUUACGGUAACAGGACUGAGUGAAACCACAACACAGGGACACAACUAAAAUGUGUAUUUUAACUUAUAUAUUAUGGAUUUUUUAUUAUGAAAAAUAUGUUUUUAAAGUGCAGAUGGGAUUUGGACAUAUGCAACAUAUAAAUAUAUACAUACUCUGAAGUAUUUUAAUAAUUAUUAUUAUUUCAUGCUAAAGUUUAUAGUUAGAGAGUGGGGGCAGAUAUGUAACAAAUGCUAUUGUUUAUAUUUUCUUUGUUCUAAGUAGUUUUUUUAAAUGUUUUUAAUCACAUAUCUUACUUUUGCAAUUAGGUCAAUAUACAAAAGAUACUAUUCUUAAUAAUAAAAUGUGUUUUAAAGUUAUUUUGUGUCACAUUUAUACAUUAUAUUAUUAUAUAUUUCCUGUAGACAGAAAUAACACAGAUUUGGUGAAAUAUUUCUUAUGUAUUUUGAAGGCCCUUAUGUUUGUCUUUAAUAAAAUGUUACUAAAUAGCGUUACUCACUGUUUCUAUUUAACAAAACCCAACAGACAAGCUCGUAUUAUUCAGCUCUGCUUUUGUACAUUUGCAUUAGUAAAGUCCAGCCCUGUGAGAGGAGCACUAAUAUAUUACUCAUAUAUUUCACACCCUUAUACUCAAACAGAGCAGCAGCAGCAGCAGCAGCAGUCAGUCAUGAGCCAUGAGGAAGCUUCUCCCCGCUGCUGUUUCUCUGCUCUGCUGUGGAGUUUUCUACCUGAUCAUCUGGAGAAACAUCAGCGGGAGCCCUCAGACUGUGUACCUGGCUGUUCUGCGCUCGGGCUCCUUCUGGAGGGACGGGCUGGAGACGGGUGAAGUUACAGAAGCUCUUGUGACUCCUGAUAAAAAUUCAUCAUUUACCACAAAACUCACUACAGUAAAAACACUGAAAGAGGAUUUUAAAUCUCUGCAGCAUGAAAAUCUCACACAGACAGAAACGCCUGCAGGAAACAAAACGCAGACUUUACAGACUCCUUCAGUCCUCUUUAAAAAAGACUACACCCGCCUGCCCCAGUGGAACUUUGAGGACGUUUAUGUGCGGAAUAAUGACGAAAAACGUCAGGUCUGCUCGGCGUCUCUUCAGAACUCCAGAGAUCCGGAGUUUCAGGCUGCAGUAAUUUCAGAUAUUCAGCUCUGGCUGUACAGAGGUCACCUGGAUAUCAGCGAGUGGAACCGACUCUCACACUUCAAUAACCCGUUCGGAUUCAUGGACUACAGGUAUAAUGAUAUAAAACCAGCAGCAGAUCUGAUCCCAAAGCCCAGGUCCACCCAGCUGCUGCCCGUGCCUGAGGGGGCACAGGACGGCUGUAUCCGCUGUGCCGUGGUGGGCACCGGGGGCAUACUCAGCGGCUCCAGGAUGGGCAAAGAGAUCGAUUCUCAUCAUUAUGUGUUUCGAAUGAACGGAGCCCUUAUUAAAGGAUAUGAGGAAGAUGUUGGGAAAAGAACUUCAGUGUAUGUUCACACGUCGUACGCCAUAUUAAACUCAUUUUUUCUGUUGAAACCGUACGGUUUUGAAGUUCCAAAAGAUGAGGGAAUUAAAUAUGUACUGAUCCCAGAAGGCCAGAGAGAUUUCGAGUGGAUUGAGGGUCUGAUGAAGAAGAAAUUACUGAAGAAGGGCACUUAUAACGGCUUUAGGCCGUUAAGUUUCUACAGUGGAGGGUUUGAUGAAGAUAAACUGUACGUUCUUCAUCCAGAUUUUCUGAGAUAUGUUCGGAACAGGUUCCUGAGAUCUACAACUCUGGAUACUGAUUUAUGGUAUAUGUUCAGACCCACCAAUGGAGCAUUCACUCUGUUCUUGGCUCUACACACCUGUGAUAUUGUGGAUGUUUAUGGAUUCAUCACUGAAGAUCAUCAUAAGUACAAUAACUACUACUUUGAAAGGUCGACAAAAACCAGCGUAGUUUUCUUUGUGAAUCACGAUUACAAGCUGGAGAUUCAGACGUGGAAGAAGCUCCACGAUGCCGGAAUUAUAAACCUGUAUCAGAGAAAGGAGAACCCAAACGGAGCGUAAUCUGAUAAAUAAUCUUAUCAGAUGUAGGAGUGUGUUGUGUUUUAAAGGACAUUUGAGCCAUGAAAAAACAGUCUGUCAUUAUGUUGCAACAGAAAAUGCACUGCAGUGAACAUUCAGUAAUUGCUAUAAUGGACAUUAUAUAUAUAUAUAUGCGCAAAAUUUUGGACAUUCCUGCUCACUCCAUUUAUUUAUAUUUCUAUAUUUACUGGGAUAAAUAUUUGAUAUAAGAUCAGAUAUGAUAUGUCUGAUAUUUGGUCUGACCACUCCACAACACUUUCUCCAAAUAUCUGCACAUUUUAUUUACAGUUGUUUUGAGUGAAUGUUGAUUAAAUAAUGAUAUAAUAUUG